ACAGGAUAAUAUGAAAUUAGAAAGUCACAGACUAAUGUAAGUAAAAAACUUAAAUACCAAAUGUGAGAGCUUUUUUGUUUUUGUAGUUUGUCUUUAGAGAAAGGCUUCUCUGAGUGAAAAAUGCCUCCUCCUCAUGAGCGCCAUUACUACACGACGGAUCAUGAUGUGGGUUCUCCCACUAAUCCUCUGCCGUUCCUGGGUCAGGACUAUAAGAAGCUGCUCCACCAAUCUCUCCGUAGAAAAAAGCUGUACAUUGAUGAGUUGUUUCCUCCAAACAGCAGAUCUAUUGGCACUCUGGAUAAAGAAACUGAUGUGGACUACAAAAACAUCAAGUGGAAAAGGCCAUCAGAAUUAGUGUCUAAACCUUGCUUCACUGUUGAUGGAAUAUCCAGGUUUGACUACAAACAAGGGUCCAAAUUAGGAAACUGUUGGUUUUUGGCUUCAAUUGGGACUUUAACCUCGACGAAAGAUAUAAUAAACCAAGUCAUUCCAGCUGAUCAGUCAUUCAGGAUCAAUUAUGCAGGGAUAUUUCACUUCAGGUUCUGGCGGUUUGGUAAAUGGAUUGAUGUUGUCGUUGAUGAUCGACUUCCAACAAUCGAUGACGAUCUCCUUUUUGUUCAUUCAAAAACAUCUAAUGAGUUUUGGCCUGCUUUACUGGAGAAGGCUUAUGCAAAGGUGUGUGGAUCUUAUGCGGACCUGGAUGGUGGAUUCAUAUCUGAGGCCCUGAUGGACUUCACUGGUGGGGUGCACAUUCAGUUUGCGCUAAAUGAAGCUCCUUCUUAUCUGUGGAACAUUAUGUAUCGUGCAGCCAAGUCAAAAACCCUUAUGGGCUGUAGUACUUACCAUGGGGGAUCACGUGAAGCUGUGUCAUCCAAUGGCAUAGUUGGGGGUCAUGCUUACACUGUGACAGGGGUUUCCCAGGUGAUGAGUAAAGGAAACCCAGUUCAUCUGGUGAGAGUGUUAAACCCAUGGGGAAAGACAGAGUGGAAUGGAGACUGGAGUGACGGAUCAUCUUUGUGGAACACAGUGAGUGUGAAGGACAGCAAGUGGCGUGAAAAACUUGACAAUGGGGAGUUCUGGUUAGCAUUGAUCAUGUUGGAUGCCAUGAAAGAUUUUACCAAAAACUUUAAAACCCUGGAUAUCUGCUGUCUCUGUCCUGAUUUUCUGGAUAGAUCUCCUGGAUGUCACUGGAAAUCACAACGCAAUUUUGGCAAAUGGAUUGCUGGGACUACAGCUGGUGGUUCCAUUGACAAUACAGAGACUUUUUGGAAAAACCCUCAGUUUCGUGUGAGGAUUGAGAAGCUUAGUGAGGACUGUACACACGAGGAGGGUGCUGAAAACACACUGGUGUCUCUCAUGCAGAACCACGAGAAGAGAAACAGAAGUAGCCAAAAAAAAAAAAACUACAUGAUUGGUUUCUAUGUUUUUAAGAUGAGAGGUGAGAGUGGGAAGUUCUCAGCUGAGUUCUUCAGAGACAAAAGACCUGUGGCAAUAACGCCUUUCGACGGUUUGAGAGAGGUGAUGGAGUUUCUCUGGCUGGAGCCAGGAGAGAACCUGAUUGUACCGUGCACGAAGAAUCCUGGUGAAUCAGCUUCCUUCGUCCUGUCUAUAUUUUCAAAGCAUGAGACACACUUUGAAUACAUUGAAGAGACUGAGGAGAAUGAAGACGAUCCCUGAUGAGAGUGAACCUGUCACACAAAAUGGCUUCUUGGAGAAAUGUCAACAUAUGCCUCAUCAUUUUUUCUUUGUUUAUUCAUGCUCAGUUCAGAAUGGGUGUAUAUGGUUUUCUUUUUUUUUUCUCCCCUUUAUGUAAUCACUUUUGACAUCACAUAACUAAAGCUACUGUAUUCUCUGAUUGGUGCUAGAUUUACUGUGUAGUUGUAUACUUUUUGGUAACACUUUAUUUUAGUUCCCUUGUUACAGUACAUGUUACAUGUAGUCAUAGCAAUAACUAUAAAAUAUGGAUAAUUACAUGCAACUAGCCCUAAACCAAACUUCAAUCCUGACCCUAUAAGUACAUGUUGUUAAUUAUUAUUACUCAGUACUUCAAAUACUUACACUGUAACAUGGACACCUUAAAAUAAAGAGUAAUUUUUGCCCCAAAAAUGUA